AUGGCCUGCAGGAACCACAGCACUAUCACUGAAUUCAUCCUCCUUGGGCUGUCUGCUGAUCCCAAGAUCCAAGCUCUGCUCUUUGUGUUGUUCCUGGGGAUUUACCUCCAGACCCUGAUGGGGAACCUGUUGAUGUUACUGGUUAUCAGGGUGGAUUCACACCUCCUUAUGCCCAUGUAUUUCUUCCUAAGUCACCUCUCUUUCCUGGACCCUUGCUUCUCUUCUACAACAGUGCCCAAGUUGCUGGAGAACCUCCUGUCUCAAAGGAAAACAAUCUCUAUGCAGGGCUGCCUCACUCAAGUUUUCUUUUUGUUUGAUACUGGAGGCACUGAAGCCUGCCUGCUUUCCGUGAUGGCUUAUGACCGCUAUGUUGCCAUCUGCCACCCUUUGCUCUAUGGUCAGAUUAUGAGCAACCAACUUUGUAAGAGGCUGGUGUGGGGAUCCUGGAGCCUAGGCUUUCUGGAUGCACUGAUCAACAUUCUUCUAGCUAUGAACUUGGACUUCUGUGGGGAUAUGUCCAUUCCCCACUACAGCUGUGAGCUGCCUUCACUCUUUCCUCUAUCCUGCUCUGAUGUCUCCACCAAUUUUACUGUUAUGCUCUGUUCCAGUCUUCUCCAUGGACUUGGAUCCUGUGUCCUAAUCCUUUUCUCCUACACCCUCAUUGUCUCCACUGUCCUGAACAUCAGUUCCUCUGCAGGUAGAAACAAGGCCUUCUCUACCUGUUCCUCCCACCUCACUGCAGUGCUCCUUUUUUAUGGCUCAGCUUUCCUUCGCUACGCCAUGCCAAACUCAGAUUCACAGUUGGAGUUGAUCUUCUCUGUGCAGUACAGUGUGAUCACUCCCCUAGUGAAUCCCCUCAUCUACAGCCUGAAGAACAAUGAGGUGAAAGCAGCAGUGAAAAGGACUUUGAGAAAAUAUACUCAAUAUUUCAGGUAA